AUGUGUAUAUGUUUCAAACGGGUGUGUCAAAACAUUUUUGGGGACAAUCGUCAAAGUGACAAUCCAUCUAUCAUAAUAGUAAAUCCACCGAGCACGAGCAAGAAAGGUUCGAAGAAGGGCAAAAAUCAAAAUGACUCAAAUGAAAUGCACAUUAUUGCCCAUAAUCUGCAACAGGGUCCGAGUACUGGCCAAUCUGUAAAUCCCGAAACGAUUGAAGCAGGAAACGUGCAAAUCACCAUACAGCACAAAGAUAGAGAUAUGGCAAUCACCAUAGCAAAAGGUGAGGAAAAAAAUGAUGAAGCGGAGGUUAGCCCAAGCACAGGUCAGAAAAAAAAAUCAACGACCAACAAAGAUACGGCGGCGACUACCGAAAGUAGAAAAAAAUCACCAAAGAAAAAAUCACCUAAAAAAAAAUAA